UUAAUGAAGUUCGCCUAAUGCCAGUGUGCACACUUACAUGUUUACUUGGAAGGCAAUAAUACAGUAGUUUUAUGGACGAUUUUUAAGCCGAGUAGAUUUAAGAAUAAUUAAAAUUUUUUUCUUUAAAUUAGUAAACAACUAUGAAAAUACCCAAAGAUGUUAUCUGUGGAGUAUGCAAGAAAAUCUUUUGUUGUGCCGAGUGCCGUUACAAGCACGAGAUAAAAACACAUGCGAUCGUUGUACAAAAGCCCAAAAUCUCCAAUCAAUCGAAUGAAGAUGUGCCUUCAGCCAAGCUGGAAGAUCAAUCGAAGAAAGCCGAAACUAACCAUAUUUAUCUCUUCUGUCCGCUGUGUGAACGAAAGCCAAUGCCGCUACAACGUGAAAUGUACGCCGAGAUGUUGGCGCAUGUCGAGCAAAAUCAUCUGCCGCUGCGUUGCCGUAAAUGUGCCAAGGUCUAUAAUCGUUUGGACGACUUGCAAAACUUCUCAAAGUGCACGCAGAUCGCCGCUCCGACAUGUUGUUAUCCUGACAAGGGUUGUUGCAAUCAACUUGAUCAUACCUGUGACACCGUCACCUUGCAGAAGGAGUUUGCCAGAGUUACGAUUUCGACGCAAACGUCACCGCAGCGCCGCCAAUCCGAUGAGUUCCACGAGACGCCAAUGUCACUAAUCAACCUGCGUUGGAAAGCCAAAAGCAAACUGACACAUGAGGAGUUUGUGUGCGACAGUGUUUCCUCAUUGCGAAAUAUUUCGUCGAUUAGCAACAGUUCACUGCGCCGCAGUUUGGAUGCCAUUAUCAAACCAAAGGGCCAGAUAGUGCGCACCACAUCGACGCCAGUGCACGCAGAAUUGCUAUGCACAAAGCACACCGAGCGCACAUUUAAUGCCUCUGGCGCCCAAGUGUCCAGUAUUUACCAUAGUGGCGGUGAAACGGACAAUCACAGUCCUGCAAUCGCGGCAGGCGCAGUCGUAACCUCUAAUCCAGUCGCUCAAUCACCAACCAAACAGCAAUUAGAGAACAUCAACCGCUAUCUGAAGGUUCCACGUGGCAAAAUGAGCGCGGUGACUCCACUACGGCAGGUGAUGUCGAAGAGUAUACAAAAGGCCUUCGCCGAACAUGGCGGAUUGCCAUCGGCGCGUAUCAGUGGCGCCGAUUUGCCACCAAUGCGUAAGAAUAUGUUUGACUCUCACGCUACUGAUAUAAGCAGCAGUUCGGUGGGCUCGCCACUCGAUCUGCGUAUGUCGCCGGUAGUUCGACGCACUCAUACCGAAAUCCAAAUGAGUCAACUGCAAGAUAACUGUGCUUCAGCGGAGCGAAAAUCUUCACUUUCACAAAAUAUGCGUCACGAAGUGUUCCGUUCGUCACAAAAGCUCACUACUACCGAAUCCAUUGUGAUAACGCGCACAAAGCACUUGGCCGGUUUAGAAUCUGCGGCGAGUAGUAUGAGCAGUACUGGUGGUUCUGUGGCAUUCAAGACGGCAGACAAAUUAACGACGUCUGCAAGCUCGACCAGGGACAACUGCAGCGGUGUGUCUAGUUCCGGCGGCAAUUCGGUGUACAAAUCAUGCGAGAGUAUUGAAAUCAUAACGGCCACCACUGCGCUGAGUGAGAUCCAACAGGGUUAUUAUGCCGUCAACGAUAAGCUCGAUAAUGCAAAAGAGCCAAUUAUUCCAACCAUGGAAAAUGUGGCGCAGGUGGUUAGCUACAAUUUGCCGCCAAUCACGCCCAUUACGCGCAUUCCAGGCGCACUUAUCAAUAAAAAGUUUAUACGUUUCGACUCACCUUGCGAAGAAGAGGACGAAUUAGAAAUUCCGGACGAAAUUAAGAAACCUAAAGACAAGCCAAAUUCAGUAACUCCAACAAAACAAACUAUGCCGUCGCAAAGCGCAAAUGUUUAUGGGUCACCGCAGCGCGCCAAUAACAGUACAGCUAAUGCCGGUUCAAAAGCUCAUAUGAAAGUCCCCGAAACCCCACGUAGCUGUGACUCUUCCACAACCGAAGCAUUCUUUACGCCGACCGCCACGCCAGUACGCAGGAGUAAAAUGCCGCUAAUCCAAGAAAAACCGCACAACUCAAAUGACUUUAGGAAACCUGCAUCUGGGCGUGCGCCUGCUCUUAGCAAACACGGUAGAAGUGCCGCAUUUGAUCGUUCCGAGAGUAUUACAGAUAAUGACAACGAAAAUGAUGCAAAAGAACACAGUGUUACUACUAAACACCAAACUAGUCAAAAUACUUCGGCUGCUUUGGGUCGAUCAUGGUCAUUCAGCGCCUUACUGGGCUCCGUGAUGCGCUUGAAUUCCACAGGCAAAGAAGCUACGCCCGAGAAAAUUGAAACGCCGUCCCGCACAGAUGUUAACUCCAAUUCGAUAAUCAAACGUUGCGCUUCGAUAGCAGGUUCUCUUAUGCGCACACAGUCUCUAAUUGAUGAAGAUGAACAAGGACGCAACCAAAAACGAAAGCGGUCUUACACGACAGACGUGAAAUCGAUAUCCAGCGUCGACUAUCAACGACAAUUCCGCGACCCUGUGUCACCGAGUCCCGAGAAGGCGUUACGUACGAAACGCUUUCGCAUACAUGGACGUAAGCCGAUCGAGCGAAUGCGAAGAGAGCUAUGAGCCGAACUUACUCCUUAAUUCAGCGCUUUCGGGAAAGCGGCAAGCGUUGCGGUUACUUAAAACUUAGAGACACGAAAC